CAGCGGGCGCGGUGCGGGCGGCAGCGUGCAGAGCGGGCACGGCGGCACAGCGGCGACCGCCGCCCGCCCCCCCACCCCGUCCAUGCUCGACAUGACCGAGGAGCGCGACAAAGCGCUGGAGCCGCCCUGCAGCCCGGCCGGCACCGCCAGCUCCAUGUCCCCCGCCGACUCCGACUCGGACGCGCCCCUCUCCCCCGCCGGCUCCGACGGGCUGGGCUGCGCCGCCCCCGCCGCCCCGCGCCCGCCUAGCAAGGGCGACCCCUCCGCCGCCGCCGCCGCCGAGGUGGACGAGCGCUUCCCCGCCUGCAUCCGGGACGCCGUGUCGCAGGUGCUCAAGGGCUACGACUGGAGCCUGGUGCCCAUGCCCGUGCGCGGCAACGGCGCGCUCAAGGCCAAGCCGCACGUCAAGCGGCCCAUGAACGCCUUCAUGGUGUGGGCGCAGGCGGCCCGCAGGAAGCUGGCUGACCAGUACCCGCAUCUGCACAACGCCGAGCUCAGCAAGACGCUGGGCAAGCUCUGGCGCUUGUUAAGCGAGAAUGAGAAGCGUCCCUUUGUGGAAGAAGCCGAGAGGCUCAGGGUACAGCACAAGAAGGAUCACCCGGAUUACAAAUACCAGCCGCGGAGGAGGAAAAGCGUGAAAGCCGGCCAGAGCGAUUCUGAUUCGGGAGCUGAACUCAGCCAUCACGCGGGGAGCCAGAUCUACAAAGCAGACACGGGACUAGGGGGCAUGGCUGAUUCUCACCACCACGGCGAUCACACAGGGCAGACUCACGGACCACCCACCCCGCCUACCACUCCCAAAACGGACCUGCAUCACGGGAGCAAGCAAGAGCUGAAACACGAGGGGCGCCGCUUAGCGGAGAGCGGCCGCCAGAACAUCGAUUUCAGCAACGUGGACAUCUCCGAACUGAGCAGCGAGGUCAUUAACAACAUGGAGACCUUUGACGUCCACGAAUUCGACCAGUAUUUGCCCUUGAACGGCCACUCCGCCAUGCCAGCCGACCACGGGCAGAACUCUUCGGCGGGGUCUUACGGCACGUCGUAUUCCCAUUCGGCUGCCGGCAGCGGCGGAGCGGCCCAAGUUUGGACUCACAAGAGCCCGUCCUCGGCUUCCCCUCCGUCCAACGAAACCGGGCAGCAGAGGCCGCACAUCAAAACGGAGCAGCUCAGCCCCAGUCACUACAGCGACCAGUCCCACGGCUCGCCGGCUCACUCCGACUACAGCUCCUACAGCUCGCAGGCGUGCGCCACCACGGCGUCCUCCGCCACGGCCGCUGCUUCUUUCUCCAGCUCCCAGUGCGACUAUACAGACCUCCAGAGCUCUAAUUACUACAACCCCUACCCUGGCUACGCCUCCAGCAUUUACCAGUAUCCGUAUUUCCAUUCCUCCCGCCGCCCCUACGCCACGCCGAUCCUGAACGGCUUGUCCAUCCCUCCUUCUCACAGCCCCACGGCCAACUGGGACCAGCCUGUCUACACAACCCUGACAAGGCCUUAGAGGAUGCUAAGAGUCUUUCAGGUCUUCCCAAAACUAUAUGCACUAAAAUGAAGGAACGAAGAGGAAAAUAAUAAUUAAAAAAAAACAAACACACACACACAACCCUCCCUCCACCCCCAAAACGGAGUGCUAUGCCAGUUCCCAAAGUGCCUGCUGAGCCACUAGGAACUCUGUUCGUUGCGACUGGAUGUCCCCUUGCUUCGAAAUCUCCCGACUUCCAAGAGAAGGAAAAAAAAAAAAAAAAAAGACAGAGUUUUAUUUUUCUUUAUUAAUAAUAAUAAUUAAUAAUAAUAAUUGCAAAGAAAUGGACUGUCUUUGGUUGGUUUUGGUUUUUUUUGUUUUUUUAAUUCCAUUUGAAUAAAUGAAGGACAAAACUGUUUAACUCCUCUGUGAGGACUGGAGCAAACUUUUAUUUGUCUGGAAAGCCGAUAAGUGCAAAAAUGUUGGGGUGGGAGGGGAAUAAAAGAAAAGAAGCCGUACAAGACUUUAAGGGUCUAUUGCAAUGUGAGAUACGGACCAACCUUGGAGGCAAGAACUCACUAGGACCAAGAAAUAAAUAUAUAUAUAAAUAAAAAAAAAUCCAGCUAUUCCAUGUAACAAUCUUGUGGGAACAUAAGGGUCAAUUUAGGACCAACCAGUUAAUUGUCUGAGGUGUUUGUCUUUAGUCAGGAGUUCUUCUAAGCAAGGUUUGGCUGUAAUUAACAUUUUUUUGUUUCUUUUUCUUUUUUUGGAAGCUUAAAAGUGGUUUUUAUGUCUCUUUUUUGUCUUUUUUUUUUUUUGGAAAAAUCUGUUAAAUAUGUAUUUAUGUUCCGUAUUAUUUUGUCUUUUUAAUUAAUGAAGUAAUUUUUGUGCGAAAAGUAGAAUUAAAAAAAAAAAAAUUAAAAAGUGGGGCAGGGGAAAGCAUAAAAAAAUAGUGGAGAAGAUACAAUAAAAUGGUGUUUGAAUAAUAUAGGGUUGGGGGGGUUAAAUUUUUUUUUGUUGAACCACUGCAGCAGUUGGGUUUUGAGAGAAGGGCCAAAGGAUCCCGUAGGGUCACACAACCGGUCCCGAACGCGGAGCCGAGACACCGAUCUGAAACAACAACAGGAAGGGGAGAAAUGCAACGUGAAGGGCCUGCUGCAAAAGUUACUAAUUAAAUUCAGUGGCUAAAUAAUUGGAAAAAGGAGCAGGGCAGCGGGGCUUUUCCUCGACCAACUGCUUUCAGGAUGUUUCAAUUGGAUUGGAAGGCAUCGUGGAAUUUUUGUACACUUAUUUUUCACAACCAGAAUUGGGUGUUAGCCAUUUUCAAGAGAAAUUAUGGAUUGAGUUCCGCUUUCGUUUUGGCUUUUAGGGUUCAGAGAUUGCCCACCAAGCUGUGAAACUAAAAACUUCCUCCACUAAUUUUUUUUUUUUUUUUUUUUUAAGGUACUUAGUUUUAGACUAAUAUUUCACUGAUAUAUUUCUACUUCUUCCAUUGUAUGCUGAGCAUAUAAUAACCAUCUAUUUUAUGGUAACUUGUGCCUUUAAAACUUUGUAAAUCUUAAACACGUUUCAGAGGUUAUCUUCUUUUUACCUUUUUCUACAUUUUUCCUACUCUUUUUUCUAAAAGUAUUUUUUUGCAUAUUUCCUUUUGGGGGGACACGGGGGCGGGGGAAAAUACAGAAAACUCAUUUUUAUGCAAUCUAUUUUUCUGUAUAAAGUUUGAGAGACUUCAGCUGUUACUUAUCUGUUCUGUUCACUAGCUUCUGACUAAGCAAUGCUAACUUUUGUACAGAUCCAUUUGGUAAAAUUAAAAAAAAAAAAUGCUUUUUAUCAA